UAUGUUUUUCAGUUGACGUUUUUUAAGCUGACUUUAAAGACGUGCUCUCCGGACGUGAAAGCGAAGCUCGGCCCUUUCGAUCCACCUGCUCCCGCAUCUUAAAAGGCCAUCAUGUACAGUGUGGUGGUGGAGCACAUCUACCUCCUGGUCAUCGUCACCCUGAUCAGCGUGCUUCAGAAUGCUUUCUUUGCCCUAAAGGUCGAGAAGGAGGGCAACAGUAAAAAUAUCCCCACAUCUGUUUUUGAACGGGUUCGUUGUGCCAAUCGUAACUGCAUGGACGCGUAUCCCACUUUCCUGGCAGUGAUGUGGUGUGCCGGCCUGUGUCUCAAUCAAGCUCCUGCUGCCUUUGCCGGGAUCAUCUAUCUGGUUGUCAGGCAGAAGUACUUUGUUGGAUACAUGGGGCAAACCUCUCAGAGCACCCCAGGCUACAUGUUUGGAAAGCGUGUCCUCUUCUUCCUGUUCUCCAUGUGCAUUGUGGGCAUCUUCAACUACCUGCUGGUGCACUACUACGGCAGCGACUAUAAGGAAUACGUGGAAACCAUCACCGGAGCCGCGUCCGCUCUCCUCCUCAUCCCGUAGUGCGGUGUGUGCCUCGCGCUGGCAACCACGCAAAAAAUCAAAAAACAACUGCUUUUCUUUUGUUUUUAUUGUGUUUGGUAAAAAUAAAGCUUCUCGUAAACAAA